GGAAUGAAAUAGGCACCAAUUAUUAUGAUGCUUAAAUAACACAUCACGUAUAGCUCUCGAUAAAUUGAUUAUAAGAAGAUCCUGUGUGAUGUUGAAAAAGUCCAGGCUCCUACUCUCGGCGUCAUUUCUCGUCGAAGGGCGGAUCGUAUAACUGCAGCUGAUAAAGCGAUGAGAUAGUUCAUACUAAGACAUUUGAAAGUACACUCGGUGAGAGAUUAGGACGGCUUUGUUUACUUCCCAGCUGGUGGGAAAAUAGCUGUUAACAAGAAACGAUGCACAGCGGAGCAAUGAUGUUGGCACUUUUUCUGGGGAGCCUCGCUGUGUCUUCUGUGAAAGGAUUCGAUAGGGCAGCUGGCCCUAACAACCGAACCUGCGAGUCCGUCGUAAGGGAACUUGUUGAUUCCCGUCCCCUUCACAUAGCAAUCCGACAUUGCUGUAACUACUCGAGGGUUACUUAUGACUGUAUCAAUGGCUACAAACAAGUAGAUGGAGAUAGAGUGCGGCGCUGCUUUGAGGGUAAACUGCAUGGGAGGGAGCCAAGGUGCAGAUUUCCAAAAGUGACAAGCUGUGGUAACCCGGGAACGAUUCGUCACGGAUACUUCAUUGGAUCUGAUUUCAGUUUUGGUAAGACUGUGGAGUACAGAUGCAACCGCGGUUAUAAACUGCAUGGACCGGCGAUCAUUAAAUGUAAGAAUCAUGGGAUAUGGAGUGAGCAACCAGAGUGCAUAGAUAAAAAAGUAAUGGAUGUGGACGAAGCUACUGCCUUUAUUCGUCACAGUCUUUUUGACAAUUACGUCAAACGUCCGUGUUCAUCAAACGAUUCAUGUUCAAAGGUUGAUUCUAGAACACGUCGUUCGCUUGAUCUCGAUUUCAGUGGAGGUCUGGAUGUGAUAUUCUUGGUGGAUGUAUCUGAUGGAGUUUCUAAGGACGACUACAAGAUUGGACUCAAGUUUGCUCAAGAACUAAUCAGAGUUUUAGCAGCAACUGUUCUGCGAGGGGAUAUUCGUGUUGCAGUUGUAUCGUACAACAGAAAACCAGACAUUUUCAUGAAUUUCGCAUCUCCUUCCGACAGAGCGAUAAAAAAGAUUGGUGGUAUCAAGAAACUCGGGGGGUGUGGUACUUCCCUCGGUAGGGCCAUGUACAUGACAAGGCGAAGGCUGGUCCCUAAUAUUCGGACUAAUAGCAACAAGGCCAUGUUUAUCAUAAGCACUGGACUAUUGAACAUGGGAACAAGCCACCCAAAGGCGUCGCGUUUAUUGGAGAGCGAGAAGUCAUUUCAAAUCUUUUCUAUUGCUAUCGGCAAGAGUCCUGAUACGCGGCUUUUAUCGUCUGUUGUCUCGCAGCCUGAGAAGAGCCAUCUUAUAUUUCUGAGAUAUUAUGGUGACGUUUUCGAUGCUGUGCGGCGAACCGUAUCAAGGAACAAAAAAGAUCCUAGCGAAUGUGGUGUGAGUGUGACCAAACCAAGAGCUCGGAAUGUGCGGGGCAAUAGGGCGACAAGUGGUGUAUGGCCCUGGCAAAUCAGCCUCCAUUGGGAAGGGGGCGGAAAGAUCUGCAGUGGAGCUCUGAUUAGCAACGAAUGGGUCAUCACUGCAGCGCAUUGCUUUUAUUCUAAAACAUGGAGACCGGUCGUUCGCCCUGCUUCCAAGUACACGAUAAAAGCUGGAGGCCACCAUCUUGGAGACAGGAGAAUCAGUCCGGAACAAGUCAUUGAAGCCGCUAAAAUUCACAUACACGACAACUACAAGCGACAAAGUCAUGAAAACGACAUUGCGCUCAUCAAACUAAACCGAAAAGUCAAGUUUGGAAAGUAUGUGAGUCGUGUAUGCAUGCCUGUAGAGCACAACGACUUGGCAACUCCGGGCAAACACGGCUUCGUCGCUGGAUGGGGCGAAAAACAAACCCAAGGGAAGCAAGAUAAGAAAUCCUCAAAACAUCGGAAGAAAGGCCGCAGUAAAGUGAUUCUGCAUGUAGCUCUGGAGGUAUCCCCUAAUAAAGCUUGUGACAAUAGCACCCGACAGGCAUUUAACAGGACAGUCAUGUUCUGUGCCGAACAUAAUAAGGCGUGGCAGCACUCUUGCCGAGGAGAUGGUGGGGGACCAUUUUUGCGCGAGAACUAUGAUUCAAAAACCAGAAGCUAUCGAUGGACCGUCGCAGGACUGGUAAGCUGGGGUGAGGGAUGCGGAGUGAAAGGUCGCUACAGUUUUUUUACCCGGGUGGCUCCGUAUUUCGAUUGGAUAUUAGAGACAACGAAUCCACCGAAGAGAAGAGGCAGACACUCGCGAAGACGACAUAACAAUUGAUUUGAAUGAACAAGAACGACAUAAAUUUUGUUUCUGAUAUGCUAUGGAUCGAAUAACGGAAAGGAAUACAAUAAUAAAAUGUAGCGACGAAAAUUAAAAGGGAAGAGUAAAAAUGCCGGUGAGUUUGGUGACAUCAUCAGAACGUUCCCUCGUAUAAACUCUGCGAAGUGUUACUUUCUCUUAGUAUUUAACAUCCAAGAGGUAAAGAAAUCAGGAUUAUGAAACGAGAAGAAUAAAAUACGAAAUAGGGAAUCGAA